CUCCUUAUCAUGGUCCCGUGUCACCAAUUGUCCAAUGGAGCCUCACCCUGGCGGGAGGAUAUCCACAUGGUCAAGCGGAAGGCGUGGAACAGCAAACAGGAAAAGUUGAGCGUGGGCUCCGAGCGCCGGCUUGGCUAUCAAGUCGGGGAUCUAGUGCCGAAGCCCUUCGCCGUCGACAGCCGGGACUGGCCGUGAGACUUCGUCUCAUCCAUGAUAAAUACUUUGACUCUCUCUCGACAUUUUCAGGGUCGGAUCCAGGUUCCGGCGCACUGGACCCCUUAAACGACAGCCUGCAGACGCACGUCACACCGAUAAUCUGGGUAAACACCCCGUCCCUUCCGAGCACCGGAGCUCAACGGGCAGCGGCGCAGGGGCAAAAGUCGGCGCUGGGUAAGAAACGGCUUCCUGACUCAUUGGAGGAGGUGGACCACGGAGCACCGAAAGGGACGAACGAAUGAGUCGCAAAGCGGUGGGACUCGCGGUGGUUGGCCGACUUCGCAGAGCAAAGCCGCACGAAUCUCGGAUUGCUACAUCGGACCCAUUUGAAGGACGUCACGCCCUUGGAAUGAAUUGAUGCAUAAGAUUGCGUCAAUGGCAGGGGAGAGAAGACCGAUACAACGCGUUGGCAAGCGGUGGUUAUGAUGGUGUCGCAACGGAAGCCAUGGAAUUUUUUUGACAUUUUUGGCGGAACCUGAGCUUUAGAACCAAUUGGACCGAGGACAGCCGUUGCUAUCCGUACCUGGGGCAUCGAUAAGAUUCCCUUAUCCAACCAAUCAAAGCCCUGUCGCAAAGGUCCCAUGGCCCCAACUUCCCUUGUGGUGGAUGAUGCGGGGUGAUCUGUUACACCGCGGGGUAAAAGUGCUGACCUUCACAGUCUCCCACGCUUCUGCCGUCAGCCUUCUCCUGUUGGCCCUGACCAGGCGCCCUUCCGUUGAUUUGGUAGGCCGGCAUAUCUCUCGGUUCCGUUCGUGUGACCGGAUCAUGAUCGGAUCGGAUCUCUUUUGGCAUCAAUUUCCGGGAUACUCGGAUGUCAUAUCAGCUGGACGAUCACGAGCUGUCUCCGUCGGGGAUUGACAUCUAUCGCCAUGACGUUCAAAAGUCCCAACUUGAACAACACCAUGCGUCUCUGCGUACUUGAGCAUUGGCUUCCUCACCUCGUCCUGAACCAGUAGCCUCUCGGAUCUGACCCGGCGCCGUGCGUCAUCUCAUCUCCUGUCUACCAAUGUCAGCGCUCUGGGUUCAUCCUGAGACAGACUCCAUCCAGCAGGAACAACCGCCCGCACGACAUUGACACGCUGUCGACGCCAGCUGUUGCCAACUCACCUUCUCCCUUGUUUAGCGCCGGUUGGCAUCUGCCAUGCCUCAGGCCCGGUAGUCCACACACCUUGGGGCCGAGUACCAGAACAGUGGCAGUGAGUUUUCUGUGCUGUUGGCGAUGACCUCUUGGGGCGAUAUCUUGGGCUGUCUGUAUGUCGUCCCCAGUGGUCAGAAUCUCGAUCUCUGGUCUACAGGAAUACGAUGUGUACGCUAGGAAGCCCCAUCAAGACCAGUUUCAGACAGCUCUUACCUGUUUCCCCAGCCACGGGUAAAUGACCCUGUCCCGUCUAGUGCUGCCAGAUGGCAGCACGGAAGCAGAUUACUGCAUGAUGUGCGUCCUGCCGUCGUGAUUGGGUCCCGCGCAGCUCGCGAUGUGGUGCCCUUGUGGCCCAACUCCAUGCCUGAACUACCUCGACUCCAAAUCGGCACAUGUCCGGCUUGGUUAUUUUUGUUUAGGGGAUCAAUUGUCUUCCGUAGACAAUACAAUUAUAUUUGACCCCGUUUGCAAACAAUUCUUUAUGGUGGUGUGUUUCGUCAACCCACUUUUUCUGUGUUUAUUGCCCCUUAUCCCCGAGCUACAUCGCCAUCAACAUGUCGAACGAUACCAAAGAGACAAAGCAUAGGUUGGAGGGUGCGCGCCGGCCUCAGAGGAAGGAUUCAUUUUCAUCAGUCCACUCGGCUGUUCUUUCAUGGACUGGGUUACAGACCAAGAUUGGCCCCAAAUCGAUCAUAUCAAACUCGUCGUCGUUGUCUUCGUCGUCGUCAAACAGCACAUCGUCGACUGCCACACAACACACAGCUACCCCUAGCCAAGGCCUUUCAAAGCCACAACGGAGACAUAGCCAUAGUUUUGGCACAGGUUGGGAUAACAGCAACAGGGACAACACCACCAAGAAGAAGGCACGUCCGGCAUCAAUGUCACGGAAGCUUUCAUUUUCUGGCUUCAUGGGGUUGGAGGAUCCAGUUAGUGCUAAGGCAAGGCACGCAAAGCCAAACUUUUCGAAUCUUGAUCCGAAGCGGUCGGAAGAGUCGACAAAGUCUGGAAGCAAGAAUGGGUCUUUGGAGAAGGUCAACAAGACAGCUCCCGAGGCUGCCAAACGGCUCAGUCAGGCUUCCACUCUGGUGGGAAGUGUGGUGAGGUCAAAAUCCCCUCCACCACCAACCUCCACCAUGGUCCCCAAAUCCAUCCUCCGCGUCUCCAGCCCAGACGGCAACGCCCGCCGCACCCCCCGUUUCCUCGACCCCCCGGGGCCGGGGGAGCAACCCCACAGCCCAACCCUCAACGCAGCCCUUCUCUCCCCUCUCCCCUCCCCCUCCAGUUCUUCAGAACAACAGCAAACCCCGCCCCUUUCUGAGAAACCUCCCUCCCUCUCCCCCCCUCUCACCCCGUUAACCCCCCUCCUCGACUCUCCCCCGGCAUCCCCCCUCCUCACCCCAGCAAGAACAAUGUCCCCGUCCACCGUCCGCUUCGCCAAAGCGACAGUCCACCGCGUGGAGGUCGGCCCUGGGCGGAGGUUCCUGCCAGUGAAACGAAAGUCAAAGUCGACAAUCACCUAUGUUUCUCCGCAUGACCCGGGGCCGCAAAAGACGGCUCCCAAGACGGUGCUGAAGAGCGCGACGAAGUUGCGACGGCACCAGGAGAAUCAAAAGGCUAUGGGGCGGUACUGGAUGAGGACGGAGGAGGAGGAGGCGCAGUGGAGGGCCGAGGCGGAGGCGAGGGCGCAGGAGGAGGCGGAGAGGUAUAGGAAUGAGCCUAGCAGUCCUGUUGUUGGUGGACUGGAAAAAGAGGUGGGGAGUUUGGGGGAGGUGAUGAUGGGAAAGGAGAGUGAGGGGGUGGGUGAGAAGGGGGAGGGGAAGGGGUUGGGGAAAUUGGUGGAGGAGAGCGAGGAGAGUGAUAACGGGGGGGUGGAAGAAGAGGUGGUGGUGGAGGAGGAGGAGGAGGAGGAGGAGGAGGAGGAGGAUAGCUCGAGUGACAGUGAUGAUGGGUCUGAGGCCGGGGCGAGGUGUGUGGAGGAGGUGGUGAUCACGGAGGUGAUCGACUUGACGGAACCCACCGAAGAGGAGGAAGAUGGCGACAAGACUGUUGUGGAGUUGCCAAAAGCAGCGAAAGUAUCUGUCGAGGAGGUGCCCGCGGAAUCACCAACCGAGAACCACCACCCAACGCCUGACCCGAACCCGGACGUCACCGAGGUCGAUGCGUCCCCCCUCCCACAACCCCCUUCCCCUCCUCCCAUCAGCUCAUCCAACCCCGCUCAGUUCAAACCCAACACCGCCUCCUUCUCCCACCUCCACUCCCAACUCCUCUCCUCAGAAAAAGAAGCCGCCGCCCUCCGCGCCCGCCGCACCGCCGAGCGCCUCCAGCAGUCCCUCCUCAACGAGAAGCCCGCCACCAACGCGAUCAUCUCGGUCCACCUCGCCAGUCACCAGACUCUCAAGUCCCCCAACUUCCCCGCCCAGCUCCGGACCCCGAGCCCGGGUAGCGAAAAGCCCGACAACAGAAGACGGCUGAGCCAGACGAGGUCGACUGCUGAUCUCCGGACUUUCAAGCUCCCCGAGCCGGCAACCACUGGGAGUGGGAAUGUGGUGGGACAGAGCGCCAUGGCUAGUGUUGCCACGGCGGUCGGGAGCGAGAUUCAGAGGUCGACGAGCCCGAAUAAUAGCUUGCAACUGUCGAGGGGGAGGAGGGAGAGGAGUCGGAAUCGGGAGAGGGGGUAUUUCCAGGCUAAGAAGGAGGGUGUUGUUGUAUAAAAGGGGAUUAUGAGGUGAUAAGUGGCAAGUGGAGAGGUGGUUCAGGGGUAAAAGGGGGCUGGGGUCGGUGUUGGGGUUGUGAUUUUUGUGAUGUGGCAUUUGCGGACAGCGAGCGAGCGUGUGUUUUCAUCCUUCCUUUUGUCAUUUCCUUUGUAUAAGCAGCAUCACAUGGCAUAUCCCAUCUCACAUGACAGCAUCAAACGACUUCAUGACACAUGGGAUGUCAAUAUUCCACAGGUACCGGACAGGAGUAUAUAGAUCAAAACUUAUCAACGCGCAUCGAGUUCAACGCUAAUAUUGCUUGGUAUACCUUUGUAAAAUGCCAACAGGAUAUCUCUGCUAAAAUUCCAGUCCCUUCAAAAAAAAAUCAAAAAAAAAAUAACCACAUACGUUGCUUCCGUGAACGCCAUGCACCCUUCCUCCCACCCAUGCUGUAGAUAGAUGCUCCCCAACUUUCCAACCAGCCUAUUCCUAUCCCUCACAUCAACCCGCUCAACACCACCUUCCCCACAUUCGCAACCUCACUCUUCACCCCGGCUCUCGUCCCCUCCUCAAACUCCCUCACAACCCCCUGAACCAACAACUUCCUCACCUUCCCAUCCGCCUUGCUAAACAACUCGGCCACGCUCCCCCCACAAUGAUUCGGACUCGGCAGCAGCCCCAGCAAUCUCGUGUACGUAUCAAUCAAGACAUCACACAAAGUGGCAAACGUCUCGAAAAAGUCCGGGUCAAACGGCAGACUUGGCGUGAGCAGGUGGGUGUACUCCUCCCCGGGAAGUAAAUCAAUCUCGGACCCCGCAAAGUUCAUAAUCGACGCUGGAUGCGUGACGUUGACCGUUCCUGAUCCUACACCCGGGUAAGUGGUGGAGGUGUUGGUGAUUGAUGGUGUGAGCGCCAGACUCUCCAGCUGAGCGAGCUGCUGCUCUCCGAGGGAGGACUCCCCUGCUGUGCCGGCCAGCGAUGCCGUCGCCGCCGCUGCCGCCGCCGUGGUCGCGCUGGAGGAUCGUCUUGUCUUGGCAGGGCCGGCGGCGCGGCGGAACAUCUGUGGUAUUCUCGCUCGUGACAACGAAGAGGACGAAGCGCCUGAUUCGGAGUGGAGUUGCUGAAACGAGUCGAAUUCUGUGAGGAGGGUGUUGAAGGAUUUGAGGAAUUCAACAGCGUUGCUGCUGUUGAGGUCUAUCACUGCUGGUAGGGAGAUUCCAAGCAGCAGGUAGUUUGUGGCUCGGCGGGCGAGUUUGCGGGGAUCGAAAUAAGGCAUGCGUUGGAGGUCGGGUUUGUCAAAGAGGAGGGUGUUGAACCAGUAGAUGCGGCCUUCGUGGCUGGAAAAAAAACGGGACAAGUGUCAGUGAUGUGGUUUGGAGAUGGCAGAGAGUGGAGCGGGGGCUUACGCCUUGCGCAGAUAGUCCAACGUCGAUAUCCUCUUAUUCGCCGUCUCUUGAAUAUGCUGGUGCACCACGCUCAGCUCGCUCGGUUGGCCACUGCUGCUUCCGCCCUGGAGAACAGGAGGGGGAGCCAGCUGGCCGUUCGCGGGUGUCGUGCGACUGAGCAUCUUGGAGAAGCCCUCAGGGGUCGAGGUGGGGGAUGACAGCACGGCGUCGGUCUCUCUCGACAACUUGUUCACGGCCUGGGCGAGGGCGUAGUCGGGGAGCGGAGGCACGGGAUUGUCGGUGUCGGGGAAGAGCUGGAUGGCCGGAGGUCUUGCGGCGCCAUUGGCCGACGACGACGAGUUUGCGCGGCGCUUCGGGGAGCUGGACGAGGCAAAGGAGAAGGAGGGCUUGCGACCAAAUGAGGGCCUGCGAUCGCGGCUCUUGUGGAGAACGUUGUGUUGCCGGGCUGGACUAGCCCCUGUGUCACCGGCGGCGUCGACGCCCGAGCUGGUGGGACGGGAGAGCGACCUGAUGGAUUUUCCCGGAGAUUUCCUGGUGGUGGGAGACAGCGACGAGGGGUCGUCGUGCGAGUGCGAGUUGGAGUUGGAGUUGGAGUUGGAGUUGGAGUUGGAGUUGGACGAGUGAUGACCGCCGCCAAACAGGGACGCGAAAAAGGGCGCGGCCGUCUGCGUCGGUGUGGCUCCCGAGCGCUGCAUGUCUCACAGUCUCACUGCUUCCUCUUUCCUGGGAUGUGUGCGAAAAUGACCUCUUUGGGCAAGGCACAAGGGCAACAACGAGCCGCCAUUUGCUGGGGAUACCUUAGCGCCCUGGAUCCGGC